AGCUGAGCUGUGAGGAAAAUGGCGGCGGGCGGAUCAAAAUACUUGCCGAACAGUGGAGUCAGAGACCAGUAAAACUAAACUACUUGAACAUCAUUUGCUGGUUAGCCCCAGUUGCUGAUGUUUAUUCAUGAUGAGUGGAUUAGGAGAAAACUCGUUGGAUCCACUAGCCCCUGAUUCACGAAAACGCAAGUUGCCCUGUGAUACUCCGGGACAAGGCCUUACCUGCAGUGGUGAAAAGUGGAGACGGGAGCAGGAGAGUAAAUAUAUUGAAGAACUGGCUGAACUGAUAUCUGCUAAUCUUAGCGAUAUUGACAAUUUCAACGUCAAACCAGAUAAAUGUGCAAUUUUAAAGGAAACAGUAAGGCAGAUACGUCAAAUAAAAGAGCAAGGACAAGGGGUGAUUGAUAAAGACUCCUUAGGACCACUUUUACUUCAGGCGUUGGAUGGUUUCCUGUUUGUGGUGAAUCGAGAAGGAAACAUUGUAUUUGUGUCAGAAAACGUCACUCAGUACCUGCAAUACAAGCAAGAAGACCUGGUUAACACAAGUGUCUACAGUAUCUUGCAUGAAGAAGACAGAAAGGAUUUCCUUAAAAACUUACCGAAAUCUACAGUUAAUGGAGUUACCUGGACAAAUGAGACCCAGAGACAAAAAAGCCAUACAUUUAAUUGCCGUAUGUUGAUGAAGAUACCACAUGAUAUCCUGGAAGACAUGAACACUAGUCCUGAAAUGCGCCAGAGAUAUGAAACGAUGCAGUGCUUUGCCCUGUCCCAGCCUCGAGCUAUGAUGGAGGAGGGGGAAGAUUUGCAAUCCUGCAUGAUCUGUGUGGCCCGCCGAAUCACUACUGGAGAAAGAGCGUUUCCAUCAAACCCUGAGAGCUUUAUUACUAGACAUGAUCUUUCAGGAAAAGUUGUCAGUAUAGAUACAAAUUCACUGAGAUCCUCCAUGAGGCCUGGCUUUGAAGAUAUAAUCCGAAGGUGUAUCCAGAGAUUUUUUAGUCUUAAUGAUGGGCAGUCAUGGUCCCAGAAACGUCACUAUCAAGAAGCUUAUAUCCAUGGCCAUGCAGAAACCCCAGUGUAUCGAUUCUCUUUGGCUGAUGGCACUAUAGUGACUGCACAGACAAAGAGCAAACUCUUUCGAAAUCCUGUAACAAAUGAUCGUCACAGCUUUGUCUCCACCCACUUUCUUCAGAGGGAACAGAAUGGGUAUAGACCAAACCCAAAUCCUGUUGGACAAGGCGUUAGGCCUCCAGCAGCUGGAUGCAACAGUUCAGUAGGCAGCAUGAACAUGUCGCCAAACCAAGGCUUACAGAUGCUGAGCAGCAGGACCUAUGGCUUGGCUGACCCCAGCACCACAGGCCAGAUGACUGGAGCUAGGUAUGGGGCUGCUGGUAGCAUAGCUUCGAUGAACCCUGGACCAGGCAUGCAGUCACCAUCUUCCUACCAGAACAGCAACUACGGUCUCAACAUGAGUAGCCCUCCGCACGGGAGUCCUGGUCUUGGCUCCAACCAGCAGAAUAUCAUGAUUUCUCCUCGUAAUCGUGGGAGCCCAAAGAUGGCCUCACAUCAGUUUUCUCCCGUUGCAGGUGUGCACUCUCCCAUGGGAUCUUCUGGCAGUACUGGGAAUCACAGCUUUUCUAGCAGCUCUCUCAGUGCCCUUCAAGCUAUCAGUGAGGGUGUGGGGACUUCUCUUUUAUCUACUCUGUCUUCACCAGGUCCCAAACUGGAUAACUCUCCCAAUAUGAACAUAACCCAACCAAGUAAAGUGAGCAGUCAGGAUUCCAAGAGUCCCCUAGGCUUGUAUUGUGACCAGAAUCCAGUGGAGAGUUCCAUGUGUCAGUCCAAUAGCAGGGAUCACCUCAAUGACAAGGAAAGUAAGGAGAGCAGUGUGGAAGGCUCAGAGAAUCAAAGGGGUCCUCUGGAGAGCAAAGGUCACAAAAAGUUACUGCAGUUACUUACCUGUUCCUCCGAUGACCGGGGCCAUUCCUCCUUGACCAACUCCCCGCUGGAUUCAGGAUGUAAAGACUCGGCCAUUAGCGUCACCAGCCCCUCUGGGGUCUCUUCUUCAACCUCUGGAGGAGUGUCCUCCACAUCCAAUAUGCAUGGGUCACUGCUGCAAGAGAAGCACCGGAUUUUGCACAAGUUGCUGCAGAAUGGGAACUCGCCGGCCGAAGUAGCCAAGAUUACUGCCGAAGCCACUGGGAAAGACACUAGUAGCACAGCAUCUUGUGUGGAAGGAAACGUCAAGCAGGAGCAACUAAGUCCUAAGAAGAAGGAAAAUAACGCUCUGCUUAGGUAUCUGCUGGACAGGGAUGAUCCUAGUGACACACUCUCCAAAGAACUGCAGCCCAAAGUAGAAGGCGUGGACGGUAAAAUGAGCCAGUGCAGCAGUUCAGCCCUUCCUAGCUCAAGUCAAGAGAAAGACUCUAAAAUUAAGACAGAAACGAAUGAAGAGGGAUCUGGAGACUUGGAUAAUCUAGAUGCUAUUCUUGGUGAUCUAACUAGUUCUGAUUUUUAUAAUAAUUCCAUAUCUACAAAUGGUAGUAAUCUUGGAACCAAGCAGCAGAUGUUUCAAGGAACUAAUUCUCUGGGUUUGAGGAGUCCGCAGUCUGUGCAGUCUGUUCGUCCUCCAUAUAACCGAGCAGUGUCUCUAGAUAGCCCCGUUGUUGGCUCAAAUCCUUCAGUAAAGAAUAUCAGUGCUUUCCCCAUGUUAACAAAGCAGCCCCUGAUGGGUGGCAAUCCAAGAAUGAUGGAUGGUCAGGAAAAUUAUGGCUCAGCUAUGGGUGGACCCAACAGAAACGUGGCUGUGAAUCAGACUCCUUCCUCAGGAGACUGGGGCUUACCUAACUCAAAGGCCAGCCGAAUGGAGCCUAUGAAUCCAAACUCGAUGGGAAGACCAGGAACGGAUUUUAACGCCUCUCUGCCCAGACCUGCAGUGGGUGGCUCCAUGCCCACCAUGCCUCUUCGGUCCAAUAGCAUCCCAGGUGCGAGACCAGUGUUGCAGCAGCAGCAACAGCAGCAGCAGCAGAUGCUUCAAAUGCGGCCUGGUGAGAUUCCCGUGGGAAUGGGGGUCGGUCCUUAUGGCCAAGGAGCACCAUCGAACCAACCUGGUUCCUGGCCAGAUGGCAUGUUGUCUAUGGAACAAGGCCCUCAUGGGACUCAAAAUAGGCCACUUCUUAGGAACUCCCUGGAUGAUCUCCUUGGGCCACCUUCUAACCUGGAAGGCCAGAGUGAUGAAAGAGCAUUGUUGGACCAGCUGCACACACUCUUGAGCAAUACAGAUGCCACAGGCUUGGAAGAAAUUGACAGAGCUCUGGGCAUUCCUGAACUUGUAAAUCAAGGACAAGCUUUGGAGCCCAAACAGGAUGCUUUCCAAGGCCAAGAAGCGGCAGUAAUGAUGGAGCAGAAGGCAGCAUUGUAUGGGCAGACAUAUCCAGCACAGGGGCCUCCAAUGCAAGGAGGCUUUAAUCUUCAGGGACAAUCACCAUCAUUUAACUCUAUGAUGAAUCAGAUGAACCAGCAAGGCAGUUUUCCUCUCCAAGGAAUGCACCCCAGAGCCAACAUCAUGAGACCCAGGACAAACACCCCCAAGCAGCUCAGAAUGCAGCUUCAGCAAAGGCUGCAGGGCCAGCAGUUUUUGAAUCAGAACCGCCAAGCACUUGAGAUGAAAAUGGAAAGCCCCAGUGCUGGUGGGGCUGCGGUGAUGAGGCCCAUGAUGCAGCCGCAGGUCAGCUCCCAGGGUUUCCUUAACGCCCAGAUGGUUGCCCAGCGCAGCAGAGAGUUGCUGAGUCAUCACUUCCGGCAGCAGAGGGUGGCGAUGAUGAUGCAACAGCAGCAGCAGCAGCAGCAGCAGACGCAGGCCUUCAGUCCACCCCCUAACGUGACUGCCUCCCCCAGCAUGGACGGGGUCUUGGCCGGGCCUUCAAUGCCCCAAGCUCCGCCCCAGCAGUUUCCGUAUCCUCCAAAUUACGGGAUGGGACAACAACCAGAUCCAGCCUUUGGUCGAGUGUCUAGCCCUUCCAAUGCGAUGAUGUCAUCAAGAAUGGGUCCCUCCCAGAACCCCAUGAUGCAGCACCCUCAGACCGCACCCAUGUACCAGUCCUCGGACAUGAAGGGCUGGCCGUCAGGAACCCUGGCCAGGAACAGCUCCUUUCCACAGCAGCAGUUUGCCCCCCAGGGGAACCCUGCAGCGUACAGUAUGGUGCACAUGAAUGGCAGCAGUGGUCCCAUGCAGAUGAACAUGAACUCCGUGCCCAUGACCGGCAUGCCCAUGGGUCCUGAUCAGAAAUAUUGCUGACAUCUCUACACCAGGACCUCCAAGAAAAUCACUGUACAAAUGACACUGCACUAGGAUUAUCGGGAGUAAAGAAUCCUUGCUCUAGGCACCCAGCUUUGAAGAAAGGACCAGCUUUCAUCUCUGCCAAGAGUAUUCUAAGUAAUGUCAUUUGAGCAGGACUGGAUUUUAGGCCGAAUUGUAGUAUCUGUCUGUUUUUCUAUUUCCCCCUCCUUCUAUGUAUCAUGGUGUUUCAAACAAAUAUUUUUGGCAUUCUGUCAUUUCAGGAUGUGAUUCUGGAGGUACGGAGAGUUACUGAUCACAAAACUCUCCUGUAUCACUUUUUCCUGCUUGGCUAUCCAGAGUCUUUGGGAAAAAUGUAGAUGAUUUCGUAGAAGUCGGUUUCUUUAGUUGCAAGUAUUGGGCGAAGAGCGUGCCCCCAAACUUUUUUGUCAAGACCAGGUGGUAGUUCUGUCCCGUGGAGUUGGCGUUUCGUUUCUGAGUUCUCCUUUAAUCAAAGGGUUGAGUUGCUCUGACCCUAGUCUUGGUCCUCCUUUUUCCUGAAGAGAAUUUUCAUCUGCCCCUGAUGUCCUAUAAUACUUCCCCUCCAGGAACUGUCCAUGGUGACAAUUGGCUUUGCAGAAGGGACAAUGAGUGACAGUAUUUAAUUGCAGGAGUAGCAGUUUUUCACAUGCUAACGUGCAGCUGAGUGCACUUUAUUUAAAAGUA